GAGUUUCUUCGCAUUUCCAAUCCUCUGUGUUGUCGGCCUUCUGCUUUGGUAAAACCUAUUUCCGAAGCGGGAAAAGAUCCCCUGGCCGAAGUGGCCGCUGCAGUUGAAAGUGCCCGUGCUCGUCAUGGUGGACCGAUUCCGCUGAGUCAGAUCAAAUGUUUGAUCACCACUUCCACACCCUCCUCGGCUCAAAUUGCACGGCCCCUAUAUGGGCAGAUCGGUACGGGCAAUGGCACUGCCAGUUCAAGCGAUCCUGACUGUCGUAAACCGACAGACACUCAUCAGCCGACAGAUUACACAAUGAGUUUUGCGGUGGUACCGCCGUUCGUCGAAUUCGAUAUGAGUCCGGAAGGGUUCGGCUGUCUUUUUCUUCCAUCCAUAGCACCUCAAGGACCAUCAUCUGUGUCGAACAUAUCCGGCGCAACUGUCGCUUCUGAUCUCACCUCAUCAGCCGGUGGAAUUGGCACGCGCGAACGUUUCUUUCCUCCGCCUCACGGGCUGACGUUUUCCACCUGGUUGUGCGUCCUGCGUUUCGAUCGGUUCCGACCGUAUUCGGUCGUACUGCCAACAGAUUCUGCACCGAUUGAUCGUCCGCGGCGUGGUUCCUCUCCGACCACGCCCCAAUCCAAUUCGACCGCAACACAGAAUCAAAUGGCCUCUCCUAAUCAACCUCAAGCUGUGCAUUUGUUGACCAUAGUUCGCGGGAUUCAAAGCGUGAAUGAUCAGCUCAUUUGCUUGCGCAUUUUCAUCCAUCCCCGUACGCGUAUGCUAGUUGUCUCGACACAAGAACGACUUGCGCAACCUGGUACUCUUAGGGAUUUGCACUGGGGAUUUUCGGCUUGUCUAAACCUGCUACAUGGAAUGCAGAAGAACGGUAUUCAAAGACUGCAUUUCGGGCAUCGUACUCCGUUCGAUUAG